AUGUCGCGCGCCUCGUCCCCAACGCCUUCUGGAACCUCUACCCCCACCACCUACCCGGAAGACAAUCAGCAAACGCCAGUCCCCCAUGCGCGCGUCCCAUUCCGGUUUACAUACGAUCCGGCAUCGCGUCGCGGGCCCGGCAGCGUCAUAUCCUCGCUACGUGGGCCCGAGAGCGUCUCGGGGGCGACUGAGGCGGCGGGACGCGCAGAUCUCACCGGUCAUAGCUUCUCGCACGCGUGGAGCUUGAAUGCCAGCAGUAGUGCGCUUGCUAUCCCGUCGGAAUGGAGUAGCAGCAAACACGGCUUCCAUGCAAUCUCCACCGUCCUGAACAACCCUCACAAGCGACAGGCUCCCCCCAAAGCGCACUCUGCCAUCCCAUCAGUCCCUCCAGCCGAUCUCCCGCGCGUUCGUCGCAAGGACUUCGACUCGUACCUCAACGCGGUACGCGGCGAGUGGGACAAGUUCGAGUCGGCCAAGCGUGAACUCGCCGCUGAGGCCGACGAGCAUGGCAGCGACCCCGACGUGGCCGCAGCAUCAGGCGACCUCCCGCCGACGCCAACGCCUACUAGCAAGGCCAAGGGCAAGGCUAAAGCCAUGCCCUCGCUCGACACCGUGCCCCCCGUCUUCUUCGCGCGCGAGUUUGACCUGGCGGACUGCUCCACCUGGGACGCCAUCACCGAACACGCCGACCCGACAGCGCUCGCGCACGCCCUCCCGCUGCUCGACAAGUUCUCGCACUAUGCAGACACGGUCGAGCAGCACCUCACGUAUGAGAUCUCCGUCCGGUCCUCGUCGUUCUUUGCCGCGCUGUCAAAUCUGCACUCCCUCCAGUCGUCCUCGAAGUCGUGCCUGACGCGAAUACAGGAGCUCCGCGCGCAGCUCAAUGGCGUCGACGAGGGCGCCAAGAAGGGCUUGGAGAUCACGCGCGCGGAGAUCAAGCUCGGGCGCUUGCAGCAGGUCAUCGCGGAGGUGGACGGUGUGAAGGGCGUCCUGGACGUAGUCGCGCUCGGGCGUCGCCUGGUCGCUGAUGGGAUGUGGUCAGAAGCCCUCGCCGUGCUCAACGAGCUGCAGCAAUUAUGGGAUGGGCGGCCAGAAGCUAUUAACGGCAAUGUCAACGGGAACGGACGGUUAUCACCUACACGAGAAGAGGACGAAGAUGAGCGCGCGCCAACACCACCAUCGACUUCCGCGCCGCAUCCCACGACAUCGAUACCACUGUCACGAUUGAAGGCCUUCGAGCAGCUCCCUACGCACCUUCGCACCCUCACACAGCAAAUAUCCGAAGAGCUUUCCAAAGAGGUCGUCGGCGUUCUCCGGACAGAUCUCCUGGAUCGUAUACAGUCGACGCCGCCACCAGAGAGCGAGCAAGAGCACCUCCGCGCGCAGAGGGACGAACGCUUGCAGGACCACCUUCGUCCGUUGCUACAAGCCCUGUGGUCAACGAAGGGUGUCAAGGACGCCAUCGGCACCCACUGGAGAGAAGAGGUUGGCGGCAUUGUGAAAAACGUUGUUCGAGAGCAUCUACCUUCAGGCUCCGUAUACCCAGACAGCGACUUCGAUACCAAAUCUAAUGACACUGAGCUAUAUAAGCGGCUCACUGCCCUGACGCAGCCAGAGUUCAUGGUGCUUAUCCGGGCUCCAUAUGCGGCGCUUCUUCGGGGCGCUGAGGGCGUACGAGACCAAGGCAAGCUGAUCACCGAAGUGCUUGGUGGGCUCGCCGGCGACGACGUUUCUCAAUCCGACCUCCAAACCGAACUCGGCGACAGCUUGUCCACCUACACCGAGACGGCGAAUGCUGUCGCUGCGCGAAUCAUUUCGUGCAGAUCAGAACAACACGUUCAAAAUCUAUCGCUGGAUGAGUUCGUCGACCUGUUCAACGAGACGUGGAAUUUCCUGGUGAAGUGCGAGGUCGUAUGCGGUCGGAUGAUCGUCAGCUUGCGAGGUGCUAUCGUCUCUCAGGCGAAAGGUUUCUUGCAGACCUUCCAUCAGCAGCGAGUAUCGCAGUCUGCCAAGCUCCUCGAGGACGAGGUUUGGAAAGACGAGGACUGCAGCGAGGAAGCCCAGACUGCCGCCAACAUCAUCGUCGACUGUGCCGUCAAGGACUCGCCCGCGCUCUUCGUGAACCCACCCACCUUACCUACUUCCCCCUCCUCCGACCCGCACGGCAUCGACCCCGCACCCUCCAUGCCCUCCCUCACCUCCAUGUCCACCAUGCCCUCCGGCCUCCCCCCAUCCACCCCGCCCCUCAAACAACAACAAUCCAACGGCACUCACCACAGCUCCAAAGACAAACGACCCAUCUACAUCGACUCCCAGCCGCUCUACGUCGUCACCGCGACCAUGAAUGCCGUCCCCCUCUGCGCCGACUACCUGCGCGUGAUCGCGAACCUGCCGCUGCUCACAACGGACAGCAUGGGCCGCGCGAUUGAGUUCUUCAAGGCGUUCAACUCGCGCGUGUGCCAGGUCGUGUUAGGGGCUGGCGCGAUGCGGAGUGCAGGGCUGAAGAAUAUUACGGCGAAGCAUUUGGCGCUGGCGAGUCAGAGCCUGAGCGUGAUGAUUGCGCUUAUCCCGUAUGUGCGGGAGACGUUCAGGAGGCAUUUGAACCCGAAGCAGGCGGUUAUGCUUAUUGAGUUUGACAAGAUGAAGCGGGACUUGCAAGAACACCAGCAUGAGGUGCAUCUGAAGUUGAUCGCGAUUAUGAGCGACCGCAUCAACCAGCACAUGAAAGCGCUGCAGGCCGUCGAUUGGGAGUCAACGAAGGACGAGGGCGUCAACGGGUACAUGACGUUGAUGACCAAGGAGACGAUGACAUUGCACAAGGUGUUGACAAAAUUCCUGGCGCUCCCUGUCGUGGAGAUGGUCAUGACGCAGGUCUUCGCCGCCAUCAACCAUAGGUUGUCGGAGGAGUUCACCAAGAUUGACCUGCCGCAUGACCAGGCGAAGCAGAGACUUCUCAAAGACGCGAAGCACUUCUAUGACCGAGUCUCGACGAUCAAGAAUGUGCCCGCGCCGUCCAGCAACAUGGUUGAGACCGUCAUCUCCGAGAAGCGGACACGACAACAUACUCCUGCACCCCAUCCACCCGCUCGCAGCAGCACCAUCAAUGCCUUCAGUCAUACUGCGAACAGUCGGCUGAGAGGGUUGCUCUCCCGUUCGUCCACUGCGACGGAGAAGCAACCACUGUCGCCAUUGCCACCCACAUCGCCGCACCCUGGGCCGACCUCACCGCAUACGGGCUCCGUGUCGCCCAUCUUCACGGGGUCCAGUCCGCCCAUAUUUCCCGGUAGCAGCGGCUCGCCUAUCGCGCAGCCGCUGCCGUACCAGCCGCGCCAGUCCGGUUCGGGGCCGCCGUCGCGGGUAACGUCGCCGGGGCCAAGAGCACAGUCGCCGUUGCCGCCGCUACCCGGGUCGCCGUUGCCCCCAAUACCUGGGUCGCCGUUACCGGUGACGAAUGGCCAUGGGGAUGGGGGUCAUUCGAGCGACUCGCUGGCGCCAGGCUUCCGACAGGUGGUAUCGGAGGAGCCCGAGUCGAUAGAGGGGCAAGACAGCUAG